CACUACAAAUUGCGGCACUCGCUCACUCACUCUCUCCUUCUCUCUCUCUCUCUCUCUCUCUCUCUCUCUCUCUCUCUCUCUCGGGGACACCUCUGCCGAAAGCUAGCUCUGCAACCCCAAGAUCACAGCAAACCAAAACCAUGCCGCAAAAGGUAGUUAUUAAAUUACAUAUAAACGGAGAAAAGUCUCGUUCCAAAGCCCUGCAAAUUGUGAGUGGUGUUUCAGGGAUAGAAUCGUUAACUUGGGCAGGAGAGGACAAGAACCAGAUAGAGGUGACCGGAGACGGGAUUGACGCGGCAGCCCUGACGAUGUUGUUCAGGAGGAAAAUGGGCUAUUCCGAGCUGGUGAGCGUAGGCCCGGUCCCAGUCCCGGAGGACGGUGGGGAUCAGAGGGAAAACGGGGCCAUAGGGCAAAUUCCAGUAUGGGGGUAUUACAAUUACCCAUAUGCGUAUGGAACGGCCGAUAUGCAUGAGAUUAGGUACCAAAACCCCGACAAUUGUUCCAUCAUGUGAAUUCCAUAAAAUAAAAUAAAAUAAAAACAUUUAGAAAAAAAAAGAAGAAAAGGAAUAGUAGGUUUUUACCUUAAAAAGGCCCGUUAAACACCGCCUUAUCUCCAUUUUCUCUCUGUCUCUCUGUAACUAAAUUGGAUUGAAUGGAAGAUGGUGCUAGCAGAGCAUCUGUAAAUAAAGCACGUUAUUUGUUUUUUA